UGCUCCUCAUCAGUGCAAUCUGGAGCUUCACCCUGCUGGUGCACAUUUGGUUGCACAAUUGAAAACACUCAGGAGUUUUAAAAAAAUAUCUCUUUGUUGUUCUUUAAAAGUGAUAUUAGGAAGCCACAGUGACUUGGGCUAUGUUGCUGAAGUAGAACAGCACCCAGCAUCUGGUGACAAGGAAAGAUCUCCCUCUUGUCUUACAUGAGCAGAGAUGAAGGCGAUAAUGAUGAUGCUGGUAUCCUGUAGGAAAUGUUUGCACGUGUGCGUCCUCCUGUUGGUGAUGGGGAUACUAGAGGGUAAGGUAACAGCGCCGGAGCGUACUCAAGCCACCGUUGGGAAGCCGUUCACAUUAAACUGCGCCCUUUCAAGGGACAGAGGUGAAUCUGUGAGACAGGUGCGCUGGCUGGACGUCCAGAACCAGACGCUGCUGACCUACCAGCCGGGCAACAGGGACAGUGUGAGCGGACAGCAGCACGUGGAGCUCACCCCGUCCUCAAAGGACACCUCGGCCGUCACCAUCCAGAGGGUCAGCUUUAGGGACGAAGGAUGCUACACUUGCAUCUUUGACAUGCUCCCUUCUGGUUCCAAGCAAGGGCGCACCUGCCUGACUGUCACUGCAUCAGUGACAGUAGACAGCAACAAGACUGCCAUCAGCGGCAAGACGGCGUCCCUCUCGUGCUCUUACGGUUUGCCCGAGAAGGUACAGCGGGUCACCUGGAGGUACACCUCGCAGCAGGGGGCCUCCUCGGAUGUGGCCUCCUUCGCCAAGAGGAGCGACCCCAUGAUAGAGCCUCCUUACCAGGGUAGGGCGUGGCUCAGCGCCUCCUUGUCGGACAGCACGCUCACCCUCCAGCCUGUGGUCAUCCAGGACGAGGGCUGCUACACCUGCCUGUACAGCACGCAUGAAGACGCGCCCAAGAGCUCCACGGUCUGCCUCUCCACAUACGCGCUGCCCAAACCUCAGGUGAUCUACAAGAGUACGUCGUCCGGGCUGAUCGAGGCCAACUGCAGCGCCGUGUCGCGGCCCCCCGUGGAGAUCGUGUGGAACGUGGAGCGAGACAACCGCACCUUAGGCCCUCCCGUCACCACACUGCUGCCCCAGGAGGACGGCACCACUCUGGUGGUCAGCACUCUCAGCCUGCGGUCGGGCCUGCUGAAGGACGUGUCCGUCAAAUGUCUGGUGCACCACCGAGGCCUGGAGGCCCCCAUCGCCGUCUCCAUGAACACCAAAAUUGGCACUGCCCUCGCCAUCCUCAUCUCCGUCACCACCGUAGCGGCGCUGCUGGUGCUGGCACUCUGCUUCUGCCUCUGGAAGUGCUUCCUACGCAAAGAAGCUGACUGAAGGUUCCAGUUCGGAGCAGGAACAUGUCAUCAUCACGACGCCUCCACAGGAUGGCAAUCACGAUCCCAAGUAGGAGCAACCACUUUAUGACAUUCAUCUUUGCUCAUGUAUAACCUUCCAAAGCUAAAGUCACUGAAAACUUAAAUAAAAGUUGUGCUUUUAUUUGACCUUAUUAUAUUCUCUUUUGGGUACUCUUAAAAUUUAAGUGGAGAUUUGUAAGCCUUCAGCUCAUUUUGAUUUCUGGGCAAAUUUUUAAAAGGCUUUAAGUUCAUCAAAUAAAUGCAAUUUCACUGAAUUAUUUGACCAAAAAUAUAAAUUAUGCCAAUAUUUCACUUAAUUUCAUCCUUAAGUAUGGUACCUUUUCUAUUCCAGAGACACUAGAGGCUCAAUAACACAACAUGAAUUAGCUACUUGUAAAGUACUGUGAAAUACUAGUCAAAGAUCCUCUAUAUGUGAGCAGCGCUCUGCUUUCUUUAAAGGACCUGUAAAAGUGCUAGUCGGAGAUCCUCGAUAUGACAGGAGUGCUCUCUUGUUUUAAAGGCUGCAAAAAGUCAAAAUACUAGUCAAAGAUCCUAUACAUGACAAGAGUGUUCUGCUUUAUUCAGAAGACAUGUACAAGCGCUAGUCAAAGAUCCUUUAUAUAACAGGAGUGCUCUAUUGUUUUAAAGGACUUUAUGCAAAUACCCGAUUCAAAGAUCCUCUAUAUGAGAGGAGUGCUCUGCUUUCUUUAAAGGACCUGUAAAAGAGCUAGUCAAAGAUCCUCUAAAUGACAGGGGUUUUACAGGACUUUAUGCAAAAACACAUACUGAAAUAUAUUUAUGCAAAAACACAUACUGAAAUACUAGUCAAAGAUCCUAUACAUGACAAGAGUGUUCUGCUUUAUUCAGAAGACAUGUAAAAGCGCUAGUCAAAGAUCCUUUAUAUAGCAGGAGUGUUCUAUUAUUUUAAAGGACUUUAUGCAAAUACCCUUUUCAAAGAUUCUCUAUAUGAGAAGAGCGCUCUGCUUUCUUCAAAGGACCUGUAAAAGCGCUAGUCGAAGAUCCUCUUUAAGACAAGAGCGCGCUGCUGUUUUUGAGGACCUUUAACAAAACGCUAGUUAAAGAUCCUCUAUGUGAGAGGACCAGUAUGCUGUUUGCUUUAAGACUCACUGCAAAAACGCUGGUCAAAGAUCCUUUUUAAGAUUGGAGGGUUUUGCUUUUUCAAGGACCUGCAAAAGUGCUAGUCAAAGAUUCUUUAUGACAGGAGUACUCUGCUGUUUUUAAAGUACCUUCUGCAAAAACAUUAGUCAAAUAUCCUGUACAUGAGAGGAGCACUCUGUUGUUUUUAAAGACCUACUGCAAAAGUGCUAGUCAAAGAUCCUUUAUAUGACUGGAGUGCUCUGCUGUUUGCUUUAGGGACCUACAAUACAGCCAAAACGCUUGUCAUAGAGCCCCUAUAAGAAAGAAGUGAUUAUCUUUUUUUUUUUAAAGGACCUUUAAAAAUUGCUGGUCAAAGAUUAUCUUUAAGAGAGGCACGCUUUGCUGUUUUUUAAGGACCUACUGCAAAAACAUUGUCAAAGAUUGUCUGUAUGUGAAGAGGGCUUUGCUGUUUUAAAGAAUUUACCACAAACAAGAGUUUAAGAUCCUUUAUAAGAAAAGAGUGCUUUACUGUUAAGGACCUGCUGUAAAAACACUAGUCAAAGAUCAUCUAAAUAGGAGAAUUGCUCUGCUGUUUUUAAGGACCUUCAGCUAAAAAAUUUAGUCAAAGAUUCUAUAAAAUAAGAGGAGCAUUCUGCUGUUUUAAGAACCUUCAGCAAAAAAACAUUUAGUUUAAGAUUCUCUAAUUGAGAGGGGGGCUCUGCUGUUUUUAAGGACCUUCAGCAAAAACAUUUCGUCAAAGAUUGUCUAAAUGAGAGGAGCGCUCUGCUGUUUUUGAGGACCAUCAGCAAAAACAGUAGUCGAAUAUUCAUUGUAUGAAAGGAGUGCUCUUCUAUUUUAAGGGACCUGCAAAAUUGCUAGUCAAAGAUGCUCUAUAUGACAGGAGCAAUGCAAAAAAUAUACAUACCGUAUAUCAGUAAUAUGCACUGCCUCUUUAAGACACAUUUUCUCUAAUAAAGUAAAACCAAUAUUUUAAGUAACUGCAAUCCAAAUAGAGAAAAAACAGGACAAUGUAUUGUUACUGAUAUUCUCAUGAAUGCAAUGUGUAGAAUUAUAAAAUGUUAUAUAAAUGUUCAAAUUUGUUUGAGGUGCUUAUGAUGAUUGUAAUCAAAGAAAA